AUGAACCUGGUGCCAAUCAUGGACACAUUUGUGUUCAAUGAUGGCACCGUAAAGGUCCUACUGAACCUGACGGGGACUAUUUGGAUGACCUAUGGCGGCAAAGGCUACAAUGUUCCUGUGAGUAUGUGGCUGGACGAGGGCUAUCCUCGAACUGCUCCCAUCUGCUUUGUGAAGCCCACCUGUGAAAUGAUGAUCGUGCCUGGACAAUAUGUCAACAGCAAUGGCGAGAUAAUCCUGCCCUAUCUCAAUGAGUGGAGACAUACUGUAUGUGACCUGCACAGUCUGAUUCAGGUGCUGUCACUCACGUUUGGAGAAAAUCCUCCCCUCUGCUUGCGUCCCACCAAAGAGGAGUCGCAAUCUAACUGUGCUGCAGCUCAAAGGCAUUCUGACGUUUAUUCAAGCCCAGAUGGAUACUCAUACAUGUUACUAAGGAGAGAAGAGGGAGUUCCUGUCCAGGGCAAUGACACAUGCUGCUAGUCGUCGCUCAUGCUCUUUGUUAUUGUACAUACUAGCUUUCAUUUCUUUGUUUUUGUGUUUAUGUUUGUUACAUUUUGGUAAUGUGGGGGUGGUGUUCUUUCCUUCAAUGUCAACAAUGAACUCUGAUCCAUGUCAUCAAUAUUUCUGUAAACACUUUUAUUUUGUUUAUUUUGUUUUGCCAUUGUGGAUGUGAUGAUGGUGAUUCCUCAAUGAAGACAAUGAACUCCAUUCAAUGGAUAGUUUUUGUAAACCGGGAAUGUGUUCG